GCUUAUCCCACUGCAUGGGCCAUUGCUUUCAUUUCCCAUAAUGCUCUUUGAUGCUCAACUACACUAUACUCGAAACGCUGAGCAGCGAGCCAGGAGCUUCAUCUUGUCUGUGUCUUUCUAGUUCUUCUUCCUGGUUUGGAGCGGCGCGGCAGCCCCGCCCAGCCCUGACAGGACACCCGCGCGGCCCGCCUGAGCCCAGGUGCAGCACUUUACCCCGGCUGGAGCGAGCCGGCGGCGGCGGGUGACUUUACCUUGCAGCAGGGGGAGCUGCCUGGGGGUGGCGGCGGCGGCUGGCUGUGGCAGGCAGGCGCCUGGGCUCGCUACCACCUUGGGAAGAACCUGGGCGACAGCAGCAACGCCGGCAAUUGUAUCUCAAACCCGCAAAGCCGCAGCUCCUGGCUGAGCGACGGAAGCGCCCAGGCUUGGCUGGGGGGAGUGAGGCGCUUCGCCCCGCCCCUCUGUGGCGGCAGGUGCAGCCUGUACCCCCCGCCUGGGUGGGUUGCUGCGGGGGGGGUGUCUCCCCCCCCCCCGGUGUCGCUCUCCACGUCGCCUCUCCGCUGGUGGAUGCCGCAGACCCCGCCGGAGCCCGAGAGGACGCGCUGGUUUCUGAAGAGCUGAGUGGCUUGCCAUGGGGAACCAUGUAGGAAAACGAGAUCAGAGCGCUGAGAAGCCUAUUAAGGAGGCCGAAGUGGAGGAAGUGGAGGAAGCUGAAAAUAAAGCAAGCCCUAAAGCAGCCAGACUAACCAAACAACCCUCAGAAGAUAAUGAAGUGUUUGGAGAGGCAGAUGUGAACCAGAACAAUGGGACCUCCACUAAGAGCACAGCGGUGACAGACUCCAAGGGCACAGCAGACUCAAAGAAUGCCUGGAAGGAGGCCAACCCAGCUGACACGGUUGGUCGCCCCCACUUGAUCCGCCUCUUUUCCCGAGAUGCCCCAGGAAGGGAGGACAACACCUUCAAAGAUCGGCCCUCAGAGUCAGACGAGCUACAGACCAUUCAAGAGGACAGUGCUGCAACUUCAGAGAACUCGGAUUUGAUGGCUUCACAGAAACGCUCCUCUUUCCGGCACGGAUCAAAAAUGGCAACUGCAAGCACCAUAGACCAUGCGAGACAUGGAUCUCCAAGGCACAGAGACUCGGGUCUACUUGACUCGCUGGGCAGAUUCUUUGGAGGUGAAAAACAAGUUCCCAGGAGGGGCUCGGGCAAGGACAUACAUGCAGCCAGAGCUAGCCAUGUAGGUUCCAUGCCCCAAAGGUCUCAGCAUGGGCGGCCUGGUGAUGACAACCCAGUAGUCCAUUUCUUCAAGAACAUCGUGUCACCUAGGACACCACCCCCAGUGCAGGCAAAGGGGAGAGGAUUAUCCCUCGCCAGAUUUAGCUGGGGAGGUGAAGGACACAAGCCAGGGUAUGGAGGAAGUGGCAAAUUCUCCGAGCAUAAAUCUGCUUAUAAGGGACAUAAGGGAUCAUACCAUGAUGGCCAGGGCACUCUUUCCAAAAUCUUUAAACUGGGAGGAUCUGGUUCCCGACCUGGAUCACGGUCUGGUUCUCCAGUUGCUAGACGCUGAAGUUCUAAGACGUCAUUCAAGGACCAUGCACUCUGCUUCAUAAGAUAACUGCCUAAAAUUUUAAUAAUAAUUGCAAGAAUUACAUAGAUAGAAACAAUCUGUUACUUAAUGUCAUUUGAGUUGUGCAUGCAUUAGGAUUAUAUAAACUUCUAUUGGCAAUCCCUGACCAACAGUUGAAUGAAUGAAACACACAAAGUAGCUUUAUUUGCUAUCUUCAUUUUUAAAGUAAAAUAGCAAGAUCCCCCACUUUAUUCAUUCUUCUUCAGGAUGUCCCAACUGCAUGCUAGAUUUUAUUUAUUUUUUCUCCAAGCCCCACAAGUCUUCUGAUUUUUUUUCACUGAACACCACAAUUGCAAAUGCAGAACAACUGUCUUGGUUUUUGAGCACUGCCAUUAAAGGAUUUCUUAAACACUGCUGUAAAAACAUGUGCAGAAGUUGCAAGGACUGUUUAUCCGAACACUUUUUAUUUGGGUUUAUUUUUGUUUAAUGUCACUUUUCUCAGAAUAUUUUACUUUUCAUAACAGGAUUAGGCAGUCAUGGAAAGGCUUAAUAAACUUUGGGAGUUCAAGGUAUGUGAAAUGUGGGAGAGGGCAGCUGUUACAGUAUCAAUGAGAUGUAAAGCAAUCGUAAUAAGGAAAUUCCUUAUUUUUACAAAUUGCUCAUCACACCCAAGCCAUUAGAAUUAAGUGUGGCCGAGAGAGAGAGAGGGAGGAUUUCAAACUUGGGUUAGACUAAUGUCUUACAACAAAACACAAGGAACAUUCCCAGAGAAGAAAUAUCUAAGAUUGCACGUGACCACUGCAUGUCACUGUUGCUCCAUGCAGACACUGCUACAACAGCAUUUCUUUAGCAGUUAAAGAAUAAAACAAAAAUAGUCUAAUUUCUGAAAGAAAUAAAGCCCUUCAGCAUUGAGAUUUCAGAUAGUCCUGCACAUCUUAAGUUAGAAUUCUUACUAGUUUUCUUGUUACUGCAGCAGUGUUAAACUUGGUAAGCUUGUCUUAUGACAAAAUAGAUGCCUUUAAUGGCAGUGCACCAAAGCAAACUAGUAGUAAACUACUGUGAACAUUUAACUGUUGCAUUGUAGUUGCCUUAUAGAAAUUAAAUCUAAUUCAUUAGUUAGCGUUUAACAUUGUUCACAAAUCUACUAAAAUGUAUACAUGUGGCAAUGGUAUUCCAACCAUAUGUAGGAAAAAAGCUCUUCUGAAUUGCACUAUUUUAUAACAAAUGUUAAUAUUUUGUGAGAUUACCCUCCUUUACUGAUUCAGUGUUUUUUAUUUUAGCAUAUACAUUGUAGACUAUAUUUAAUGCUAAGUUGGCACUCAGUUUCAGCUACAUUACUAACUGUCAGGAGUAGCCAAUGUUAAUGCCAACUGACACAUACCAUGUGUUGUUAAUUCUAUUUUGUCUCUAAAUCUACUGUAGAUUUAAAGCACUGUCCAUUAAUAUGCAGUGGUGAAAGAUGAGAGGGUAGGAAAACAUAGAAACAAAAGAAAUGGAAAAACAACAAAAUUGUUAAACACACACCUAUUACAUCUUCCUUAUGCUAUAUUGUUGUCUGGCUAUAACUGGAAGGACAGGAGAUGGUGAAUAUGGUUUAACCAGGCUGCAAUUUUAUUAGAUGUCAGGGACUACCCGUCAGAUAAAAGUGUACAGUGCAGGUAACACCAUGAUCAUUUCAAUAUUUUCCUGGGGACUUCUGCCAGCCCCCGACCUUUUUUUCCAUCCUGAUCCCCAGCCAGUCCAUUGCUGGGACCUUACCAUCAUCCCACUCUCAAAUGAGGGUUAAGGUGGGCUAUAAAGAAAGAUCCCAGUCAUCGGCAUGCCACCCCUCCCUCCCCUCAGCCCAUUCCAUUUCUUUAACAAACACCUCCUUUAAGUUGUUUAUCAGACCAUUUAUAUGAUCACUGUAUCCCUUCCCUGUGGAGUGCCUGCACUGGACAUCUGCCCCAUAUUUACAUAAUGAGUUGCGACAUCAUAGCCUAACUUCCUUCCCUACUCACCAUUACAACACCGCCACCCACCCACCCACCCCCCCGGCCACUGCCCUCCGGAACAUGCUGUGAGGGAUGCAAAAAUCUCCCACUCCAGUUUGGCUAAUCUGGUGGUGAGGGGGAAAAUUCCUUCCCAGCCUCCCAAGAAAGGAGUGGCUAGUACAGUGCCCACUGUGAUACUGACCAAACCUGCUUUUUUGCCACAUCCAAGGUUGUGAGGCUGGGUGCUACUCCAUCUGGUCCAGGGAAAAGGGUCUUCUGCUGGGCUUGCCCUUUAUCAACUCCCCAGCUCUUCCUCAUCCUGAGGGAUGAGUCAGCAUUGCAACACUGACCCACUCUGCUUUUGCAGCAGUAUAUGUGCCUCUCCCCCCUACUCCCCAAAAGUGAAAUACCCCUUCCCCUGGCAAACUGGACCAUGCUCCCCCCCACCCAAGCUGUGGUGCAGUCAUUGGCUAUGUGUAUUUUUCUAUAUGUAGCUUCACUCAGAUGUAUACUCCACAACACAAUAGUAAGUUUAAUUUAAAUGUGUACUAUUCACAAAAGUGUAGGAAUACAGCUUUUAAAAACAUUCAUUAGUGAAAGAAAAUAAUCAACUUGUAAUGACAUUUGGACCAGUUUGGCUUUUUUAAGCUUUAUAGAAUACUGUAUGCAUAUGUGUAUUUUUCUGUAAAAUAACACUUUUGGUAACAGGUAAAA